AUGGCUGAUAAAGAUGCAGACGUGUCGACGGCGACGCACACAAAUCCACUGACUAGAAAGCUGAACAAGAUUUUAGAAACAAGAUUAGAAAAUGACAAGGAACUUCUUGAGGCAUUGAAGGCGUUAUCAACAUCCUUUGGUGAAAAUAGUUUACGUACAAGGCGGAAUCUUCGGGGAAAUAUUGAAAGACGCAGUUUGGCCAUCAAUGAGGAUUUUGUUCAGGCAUUUCAAGCUGUUAAAGAGGAGCUUGAUAAUGUCUAUGCAGAUGUCAAAGACAUGAAUGAAUGCUGUCUUGAUAUGACUAAUAGGUUAAAGGCAGCUAAGGAACAGACUCAUGAUCUCAUUAACCAAACAACAUCACUACAGGCUGAGAGCCAGAAACUUCAGAUGAAAGCCCAAGUAGCAGAUGCCUUUCUAGGCAAGUUUCAGCUAACACCAGCAGAAAUAAAAGUUUUACGAGGUGUGAGGGGAACAUCUCUUCAUGAAGACUUUUUCAAGGCUCUGUCAAGGGUCAAGCAAAUUCACACAGACUGCAAAGUAUUGCUGAGGACAAACCAACAGACAGCUGGAUUGGAGAUUAUGGAAUCUAUGGCUUUACACCAAGAGGCUGCCUAUGAGCGUCUUUACAGAUGGGCCCAGAAUGAAUGUCGUACUCUAACUGGGGAUUCCCCAGAUAUUUCCCCGUUGUUGAGCCAGGCAAUGGAGGCUAUUAAGGACAGGCCAGUUCUCUUUAAGUACACACUUGAUGAAUUUGGCACUGCGAGAAGGACAGCAGUCGUUAGAGGGCUGAUUGAUGCACUCUCAAGGGGUGGUCCUGGUGGAACCCCUCGUCCCAUAGAGCUCCACUCCCAUGACCCGCUUCGCUACGUGGGGGAUAUCAUGGCAUGGCUUCAUCAAGCAGCCGCCUCAGAAAAGGAACUCUUACAGUCACUUUUAAAAAAAUGUUCAGACAGCGAGGAUCAAUUUCAAGACAUCCUGGGUCAUGUCACAGAGGGCGUUUGUCGCCCAUUCAAGGUGCGUGUAGAACAGGUAGUAGUGUCAGAGCAAGAUCCUGUCACUUUGUUCAAGUUGACUAACCUGUUGAAAUUUUACCAGUAUACAAUGGGGCAAAUCCUGUCCAAAGAUGCAGCCCUGCUGGCAGUGGUGGAAGAAAUGAAUGUGCUGAGUCGCAAAAUGUUUUUUAAUAGUUUAUCCUGCCAUGCAAAUAAACUUCUAGACAAGGUUGAGUUACCUCCCCCUGAUCUUGCUCCGACAUUGUCCCUUACACAAACCUUGGAUCUGCUGAAAGAUGUCCUAGCAUCCCAUAAUUCUUCUGUUGUACCUGUUGAUGACAAGAAACAGGACUUCAAACAGAUCUUGACCUGUGUGGUGGAUCCCUUGAUACAGAUGUGCAGUGUGUCAGCCAGUCGCCUCAACGCUAUAGACAUGGCUGCGUAUAUGGUGAACUGCAUUUACCAGAUUCAGACAACUCUAGCCCUGUAUGAGUUCACAGAUGAGAGGAUAGAGAUGCUGCAAGGACAGAUUGAUGCUCAUGUAGACACCCUGGUCAGUGAACAGGCUUCGUUUGUCUUAACACGUGUUGGCCUGGUACACCUGUACGGCAUUGUGCAGCAACAUCAACCAAAACAGGGUCCCCUAUCAUCAUUACCAGACCUGGACUCAUUGACUGUCAAAUCUUCCAUGACACGAUUUGACAGUUACCUCGCCUCACCAGACAGCCUGACAUUGCCCCAGUGCACACUGGUCUUAAGUGGAAAAGUGAGGGAGGCUGUGAAGAAGCAAGCUGUGGACUUGAUCUGUUCUGCGUAUCGACAGAUGUAUGAGGCCAUCACCAUACCUGCUAAUGAGUAUAGAGAGCCAGGCAGUAUUGUUCCCAGAACUCCUGACCAGGUCGUUAAAUUACUCUCCUGAACAUGAUAGACAUUUUAUAUCCAGCUGCAAGCCUUCAAGUUUAGAUUUUCCAGGUUUAACUUACAACAUUCGUUAGACUAUGCUCUCAUGGGCAGGUUUAUCCAUAGGUACUGUCCUAAUGACCAUGGCUGAGGAGAAAGGAGUAUACAUCAGUUUGGAAAGAAGUCGAUGUUUUAGUGGCUGAUGAAAAAAAAUAAGAUGGUUAGGGAAUAUAAUAUUUAUUCAUAACUUGUCAUACAUAAACAAAAUUGAUGUAUAAAGUUCCCCAAAUAAAGGGUAUUUUGCAUAGAAAAAUCAGUUCUUUUGUGUUUAUUACUCAGGAUACUUUGCCAUCUGGGAUUCAAGGGAAGACAACAGUGCAAUACUUCUAUGGUCAAAACUGGUCAGAAAUACAUUCUACAGGUCAACCAGUUUCAUAAAACCUGGCAUGCACUUUAUAUAACACCAUACCACUUUUAAAUAAAGAUCUACCUGGACAUGCCAGAAAACAACAAAACAGGUGUCCAAGGUUUUAUGAAUCUGGUCCCAUAAUAUCAGACUUCUAAAAAUUGAUUAAGGCAAGAGAAAGGUCAGGCCAGUCACCUACAAGAGCCAGUUAACUAAUACAUGGUGAGGGUAAUUCUAGAGUCUGAUGUAAAAAUUAUCAGUAAUCCUUUCUUUACAGCUUUAAUCAGAUUGUAACUCGUGACGUUUGUCUAAUCUAAUGUCAUUGGAAAUUUUAAAAUAUAAUGCACAACACAACUGACAAGACAGGUUUUUUAUAGAUAAAUAUUAAUAAAUUUCAGAUAAAUUCUGAACUUGUCGUUUAUAGCAAAUGCUGCAUGAGUGAGAUGGUUUGUCUUGUUGCAUACAUGUAUAUUACAGUCCGAGAUUGG